UUGAGCGCCGUACUGAGCGUCCCGGGUCUGGGUAUGUCUCGAGCACUGCUUCGAAACCUGCUCGCAAGCUGCACAGAUGUCCCGCCCUCGCUUCCUGAGGCGUGACGAGGACGACGGCGUCGAGAGCGUGACCUUCUCAAGUUGCCUCUCCUCGACCUUUUUCUCGGCCACAACCGCACCUUGUCAGCUUCUUUCGCCUUCGAAUCGUUCAAGUCGUGCACAGACGAGGCGCUCUUGCUUCCAGAACGCAAAGUUGCAGCAAGUUCCGACGGGCGGGCGCGGCGCGAUUCCCCUCCUCACGACGCCCCCCUUCUUGUCUCCUCUCUUCCCACCACUCUUUCGCGCUCCACCACAACCACAAACUACCACCUCCAGCACAUCAACCAUGUCCGGCCUUUCGUCGCCCUCGUCGCUCCUCACCGCCUCUGCCUCGAGCACCGGCAUCAACGUCUACUCGCUCCUCAAGAUCGGCAUCGGUGCCACUGGCCUCAUCCUCCCGGCCUUCGCGACCUCGACCACCACCCCGUUCAAGUUUGCCGCUCGCGGCCAGCUCCGCGCGUCCAAGCCGACCGCCAACACCGUCUCGCCGCCGGCGGGCUCUGCCACGGAGGGUGCGCUCGCCGUCAGGCUCACCGCUGCCCGUGACGUCGUCAUCGGUCUCCUCAUGCGCGACACCACCGCCGCUGUCGUCGUCCGUGCCCUCCAGGCCGACGUCGUCAUCUCGAUCCUCGACAUCCUCUCGGCUGGCGCCGGCUACAUCGAGGGCACCCUCUCGAAGGAGCUCGCUCUCUCGACCGCCGGCUUCGCCGGCUCGUUCCUCGCCUACGGAUUGUGGUUGCUCAACGCGUAAACGACGCCCGUCCAGCUUGCGUCCCGUGUCUAGCCCUGUGUUCGAAGCAAUUCAGUCCGCAGUACCCUUUA